CGAGAUUACGCUAAAUAUAAUUAUUUUUCUGCUAGAAAAAUAAGUUUCUAACUUUAAGAUAAAAACCAUUGUUCUACUAUGUUUUUGUAAUAAUGGAUGAACCUACAACAUCUGCAUUUGAUUACACAGAAAAUAUAACUUAUAUAGAACACCCAGACAUAGUUACCACAGAAGACUGUAUUGAACACCCAGACACAAUCGGUGAGAAUCUAGACAUAAAUGAGACAGAAUAUGCAGAUGACACAGAUAUACUCAUAACAUUUAAGAAUUAUGAUGACUUUGAUUUCAUCAAGGAUAACCUGAAGAAUGUUCUGUACUCUAAACAAUUCUGCGGUAUUUGCCUUGUGGCUAACGAUGAGUUGCAACCAGUCAGAGUGGAGUUGGAAGUGGUUACACACAGGGGCACUGAAGUUAGAUUGCUGGAAGAUAUUGUUAGCUAUGUUUUUAAUAAUAGUGUCAAUAACGUGUUAGCCAGCUCAUAUAUGUGUGAGAAAUGUAUUGACAAGGUCUUACCGUCAUACAUCUUCAUACACAACACCAGAGACUCAUACAAAGUCAUUAACAAUUGCAUAAACGAGUUGAACUUCAAAGUGGUCAAUGCUGUACAACAGUUAAAUCCUGUUGAUGAUUACGAAAACUCUGAAGUUCUUAUAAUUUUAGAGAAUGUUGAAACACCAUAUGUCGAAUACACAGCUAAGCAACCAAAAGUUAAAAGUAAUAUGGUUACUGUCAAAAAGAAAAAAUAUAAAAAGAAGGUCUACAGAAAACCGGCAGGAUACCGAUGUGUUGAAUGUAACAUAAUAGUUCAGACUUUCAAAGAAUGGAAACAGCAUGAAAGAGAUUUUCAUGAAAAACCUCAAAUACAGUGUCUAAUUUGUAACAAAGUUUUAAGCACAGAACAGAGUCUUAAAAUUCAUUAUAAAACACAUGCCAUGAUGAAAUGCAAAAUUUGUAACUUACUAGUACCAGAUGGAGAUUUGAAUGAACACUUUAGAUUGAACCAUGAAGAUGACAAGAAAACUUGUCAUAUUUGUAAUUUAGCUUUUUAUACGAACAGCGAAAUAAAUGCUCAUAUGAAAAUAAGCCACCCAAAUGCCGAUGACCCAGAUCCAGAACAUACUAAGUCGCAAUGCCUUUUAUGUCUAAAACAUUUUGAAGGUGAAGAACUAAAUGAGCAUAAAUGUAAAUUCAAGUGUUCUGAAUGCGUAGAAAUACCAUGCAUUCAUCACAAGUAUUUAAUAUCUUACAGAGAACAAAUAAAAGCCAGAGCGUCAAAGAUAAAAUGUAUGGAUUGCGACUAUGUGUGCCAUAAGAAAGACUUUCUCAUCGGACACGCAAAUCGAGAGCAUUUGGAUCAUGUAUCGUUUGCUUGUGACAUUUGCGGUCAGCAAUUCUACUCCAAAGUAGGUUUAAGAGGGCACAUUUAUCAGUUCCAUACAGAGUGUUAUGUAUGUGAGUAUUGCGAUCAAGAGUUCAAGGGAAGCACGAAUUAUUAUGAAAACCAUAAGAAGCAAUGUGCACUAUCUAAACGAGAAUUUAAAUGUAAUGAAUGUCCAGCCUCAUUUGAUAAUUUUAAAUUCCUUACUAACCACAAUAAGAGAAGGCAUAUUCAAGAAAUUUACCCAUGUAACUUGUGUACAAAAACAUUUUUAACAGACGGAAAAUUGAAAGAGCACACAGUAAAAGUGCAUAGCGGUCUGCAGAAUAGAAAUAGGAGAUCUUUUACGGAUUGCGUUAUUUGUGAACAAAAAUUUGAUACUAGAGCCGACUUAAAACGGCAUAUCAGAACGCAUGGACCGAACGCUAAAUUCCCUUGUCGAACUUGUAAUAUUGAGUUUGAUACUUUGAAAAAACUACAUGUACAUAGGCGAAAGCAUGUGAAAUCGUAUUGCGAACGGGUGCAAUGUAGUGUUUGCAACAUGGAGUUGCAAGCAGCAUGUUUAUCCCAGCAUAUGCUAAGACAUGCUGUAGAAUCUGGAGAAGCACCAGCAUACAGCUGUGAUGUAUGCGGCAAGACAUGUUCCUCGCAAGUUUAUCUUCGGUAUCACAAACAGAGUCACAUGAAGCCAAUACCUUGUCCGAUUUGCGACAAGUUGAUUAAACCUGCUGGAUUACAAAAACACAUCAAAUACCAUUCUUAUAAAGAUGAUCCCGUAAUGAGAGAAAGAAUGAAACGGAGAUAUAAAUGUGAGGCCUGUGACUAUAUGGCAUCAGAUCCUAGUAUAUUAGAAGCUCAUGUAAACCGUCACCAUUUGAAAGUGAAACCAUACAUAUGUUCAGUGUGCGAGAAAGAUUUCUGCGGGAAACUACAACUGACUAGACAUAUGGACACUCAUUAUGUGACUAAGAACUAUAUUUGUGAAGUGUGUGACAAGAGAUUUUCAAAUAAAAUCUGUUUAAGAAUGCAUUUAAGGUUACAUACCGGUGAACGGCCAUAUUAUUGCGAAAUAUGCGCAGAAAGUUUCAUUUCAGCGAGCGCUUUGAAAACUCAUAGAAUCAAAAAGCAUUCUGAAAAGUCUAUACCAUGUCCUUUUUGUAAUAGAAUGUUUUAUAUAGCUGUGGAGAUGAGACAGCAUUUCAAGAAGUUCCAUUGGCCGCAUAAGGAUAGGAAGUUUGAUCAUAGAGAAGUAGAGGGGUUAGAAAAAGAAUAUUAUCAUUUGUUUGAAGAUGGAAGAAGGCCAAGGUUGGAUGAUGAUGAUGAUGGCACUAGUAAUGUUAUCAUUGAGGAGGUCAAUGAAUAGAUAAUGACUAAAAUAGGUUAGGAUUUUUUAAUUUAUAAAUUAUGAGAUAAAUCGUAUGAAUGCAUCUUAGGAUUCGUGGGGGAAAAUGGAAUACAGUUUUUUUUUUUAAAUUAUAAAUGGGCGUACUCUUGGCCACAGACUAGCCAAAGGCAAAGACGUGGCCUACGAUGGAGUGAGCUCGCCCAGAAGAUACCUGGGUGCGUAGCCGCA